UUUAGUAUUUUUCGAAGUAGCGGGUAACGCGAACGUCAAUAUGAAGUGCAUAAUACUUUUUAUAUUAACUAUCGCCUCGUGUUACGCAGAAGUAGAAUUUAGUGGAAGACCGAGAAAUUUUAGUAUAGAACUCCUACAUCACACCCAAUUAGAAACAGAUGGCCAUGUAGUCAUAUCCCCGUUUGGAAUUUGGACUUUGAUGACGGGCGUCGCACUUGGGGCAACCGGAAGAAGCAGAUCUCAAUUAGCAAGGGCAUUUUUAUUACCCAAGAAUCAAAACACUAUACUAGAUGGUUACAAGAACCUAACGAAAAUUGUGCUCGAACCGAAGACUCAGGGAGUACAAUUAACAAGUAAAAAUUUCGUUUUUACAGACAAAGGAUUCGCCAUUUACCCUGAUUUUAAGAGAGCAUUGACAUCCAAUUUCGGUGCGAUGUUAAUCGAACUCGAUUUUACAAAUCCAAAAUCGGCAGCUCGCAUCGCGAACACAGCGAUUGAGAGUUCCGGGGCAACAGUUUCAAAUGUUCUGAGGUCCGAUGACUUUGAGAAGUCCAGGAUGAUUGUGACAAACGUUAUAUCGUUUAAAGGUCUUUGGUCCUCACCUUUCAAUGAAUCAGAUACCACAGUGGAGAAGUUUUACGACGAAAAUAAAAAAGAAAUUGGACAAGUGAAAAUGAUGUACCAGAGAGCGAUGUUACCUUACUCAAAUUUACAAGCGAUAAGCGCCAGUGUUGUGGAGUUACCCUAUGGAAAUGACAACAAAUAUAGCAUGCUUAUUAUCUUGCCCUACCCUAAAAUAAAUGUUGCUGAAGUGUACCAAAAGUUAUCUGUGGUUACACUAAAGGAUAUAUUCGCGAAACUUGAAAGUGACGUAAAGGAGUUUGGAAUAGAAGACGUCGAUGUAAAAUUGCCACGUUUCAAGAUCAGCACAAACGUUGUAUUAAACAAACCAUUGAACAGUAUGGGAGUGACAGAUAUAUUCAAUCCGAAAUUAGCUAAAUUUGAAAAAGUUUCUAAGAAUGAAUUAUACAUCUCCGCUAUUGUACACAAGGCAGAUAUCGAGGUCACGGAAUCAGGUACAGUCGCGUCUGCAGCAACAUCUGCUUACUUUAGCGAUCGUAUAUCGACACCUACCAUCGAAGCAAACCGUCCAUUCAUCUACUUCGUAAUUGAAAAAUCCACUACAACUAUUAUCUUUAGUGGAAUCUAUUCGAAACCGAGUAUUUUCUGAUUCUUUUUUUAAAUUUUAGUGUGUAUUAAAACUUUUUGUUAAGUAAUUUCUAUAAAUAAAUGUUAUUAUUAUUACCUGUGGAAUAACGUCUGAUAGGUUAUUUAAUUGUGAACGUCGUACCUCAGAACUAUAUUUCAAACGAAGGAACUGUGAUUUUGUUCUUAAAAUCUUGUACCUAUAUGACAUUAUAAAAAACGUUUAAAUUAUAACCAAUGUUUAAGGAAAAUAAAUAAGGACAUUUA